AUGGACGGUUGCAACGUUGCAAAUGUACAACCUGAUUUAUCAGGCACAUUUAAUGGAAGCGAAAGCUAUAUGUCUGAGCAAUUAUGGAAAUUGUGUGCUGGACCUUUGUGUCAUCUUCCAAAUCUUAGAGAUAAAGUCUAUUAUUUCCCUCAAGGCCACAUAGAGCUAGUUGAGGCUGCUACAAGAGAAGAAUUAAAUCAAAUACAAUCAAAUUUUGAUCUCCCUUCCAAGCUCGAAUGUCGUGUUAUUUCUGUUAGGCUUAAGGCGGAAAAAAAUACUGAUCAAGUUUACGCUGAGAUUACAUUGAUACCAGAUGCAAGACAAGUUGUAAUCCCAACUCAAAAUGAUAGCCAAUAUAGGCCAAAAGUUAAUUCUUUUAUGAAGAUUUUAACGGCCUCAGACACAAGCACUCAUGGCGGAUUAUCGGUCCCCAAGAGAAGUGCAACUGAAUGUCUCCCUCCGCUGGAUAUGGCUAUACCGGUGCCUACCCAAGAUAUUCUUACUAAAGAUCUACAUGAUAGUGUUUGGAAAUUCAAACACAGUUUUAGGGGAACACCACAAAGACAUCUUUUAACUACAGGAUGGAGUGCAUUCAUAACAACAAAAAGUUUAGUUGCUGGUGAUGCUUUUAUACUCCUUCGGGGAGAAACUGGAGAAUUACGAGUUGGUAUCAGACGGGCAAGACAUCAACAAGGAAACAUAACUUCACCACUAGUAUCAACAGAAAAUAUGAGACAUGGAGUAAUUGCUUCUGCAUUGCAUGCUUUUCAUAACCAAUGUAUGUUCACCGUAGUUUUCAAGCCAAGAUCAAGUCAAUUUAUUGUCAAUUACGACAAAUUCUUAGAUGCUGUGAACAAUAAGUUUAAUGUCGGAUCCAGAUUUACUAUGCGGUUCGAGGCUGAGGAUUUCUCUGAAAAAAGAUAUUCUGGGACAAUUAUUGGAGUUGGUAAUUUCUCCCCUCAUUGGAAGGAUUCAGAAUGGCGAAGCUUACAAGUGCAAUGGGAUGAACUUGCAUCUUUUCCCAGGCCUGAAAAGGUUUCUCCAUGGGAAAUCGAACAUAUACCGUCUUCAUCAAAUGUUCCCCAAUCAUCUUUGCUGAUCAAGAACAAGCGUUCACGACAUGUUAACGAAAUUGGCUCGUCAUCAUUUUCACCACAUCUCUUGCCUCCUAUAUUAACACAAAAUCCAGAAGUAGUACAACCAAGCAUGGCCAAUGAAGGAGGCACUAGUUUUAGAUUGUUUGGAGUCUCUCUUGUCGUUCCUUUCGGAAAAAAUGAGUCAUACCAAGUAUCUAAUACUUCAAAACUCUCUCAAGAAAAAAAAAUUGGUUUGACCCCAACAUUUAAAUUACCAAAGAUGGCAGAAAGUAAGCAGUUUACUUCAACUAGAAGUUGUACUAAGGUUCAAAUGCAAGGUGUGACUGUAGGAAGAGCUUUGGAUUUAAGUGUUCUUAACGGAUAUGAUCAAUUAAUUCAUGAACUUGAGAAGCUCUUUGAUCUCCCAGGCGAGUUGCGAUCCCGUAACCAAUGGGAAAUGGUUUUCACAGACCAUGAAGGAGAUGUUGUCCUUAUGGGGGACGUUCCAUGGCUUGAAUUUUGCAACAUGGUGAAGAAGAUAUUAAUAUGUUCAAAGGAGGAGGUCAAUAAAUUGAAGUCUGAGACCAAUCUCCCAAACUAAAUCAAAAGCUUAAAUGGCAAUGUUUCAUGGUGUAAUAGAGGCAAGAAUGGUUAGAGAAGUUAUUAUUAUAUAAAUUUUAGAUAUGUUCUUGUUUUCUAGUAUUGUGAUGUCUUCUUCUGUUGUUUUUAAUUGUCAACAAUGUUCAUUGUUGUCAUAUGUGUCUCUAAUAUGUAUCUCUCUAUAGUUCAUUAAUAAAAUAAACAUCUCUCUGUUA